AUGGAAAACCAGGAGCGUGAAUUAGGCGAGAAGCUUGCGUCGUACGAGGAAAAUUUGCUCCAGAAAGUCAAGAAGAUUAUUCUGGCGGAGUUAUUAGGCUCGGAAACUCAACCUGGUGAUAUUAGCGGCAAACGUGAGCCCCGAAUCACUAAUUUCUGGAUGUCGCGACAGAAACUGGAACCUCGAGUAGACUAG